AUGGAUAACAUACCGUUUAACCUGCCUGCCACCUUGGCCAUAUUGGCAGGGUCUUAUACCCUGUACUCGCUGUGUUUUAUCAUUUACAACAUCUACUUUUCCCCUCUUUCCAAAUUUCCGGGGUCAACGUGGGUGAUCGCAACUUACUGGCCCGAAUUCUACUAUGAUUGGUGGUGCAAUGGGAAAUAUCUAUUUGAAAUCGAAAAGAUGCACGACAGAUAUGGCCCGAUAAUCCGGAUCAACCCUGAGGAGCUUUCCAUUCGUGACCCCGAUUUUUACAAUGAGAUCUAUGUCACAGAAAGCAAACGCAGGACAAGCCACUAUGAUGUUUUCUGCAAAGGAAUUGAUUUCGAUGGGUCGCAUUUGCUUACCGUGGACCAUGAUCUCCAUCGCCGUAGGAGAAAGCCGCUUGAGUCAUUCUUCUCACGCCAGGGUAUCAUGCGGCUUCAAGACAUGCUGGCAGAGGUAGCCCUCAAGCUUGAAUCACGAAUCAGAGCUCUUGAAGGGACAAACACGGUGAUUCGACUGGACCAUGCAUUCUCCGCAUUUUCCGGUGAUAUCAUUGGGAAAAUCUGCCUGGACAGUGGAGACGAGAGCAAGACGUUUUUGAGUCACCCAACAUUUAAUCCAGAGUGGUACGACACCAUACACACGAUUGUUCGGUCAAUCCCCUUGUUUACAGCCUUUCCAUGGAUUGUCCAGAUUGUGAGCUUCAUCCCAGAAUCAAUCCUUCUCCGGGCAUUCCCAAGGGGCCAAAUGUUUAACAACUUCAAAGAGGUGGCGAAGCAGCACAUUUACCGAGCCUUGAGAGACACAGAAGAAAGUAAAAGAACAGGCAAACAGGAUACCCAUCAUGCCUCUCUCUUCCACUACAUCGCAACAAGUGAUAUGCCUGAAUCUGAACGAUCACCGGAGCGACUAGCUAAGGAAGCUCAGGUCCUGCUUGGUGGCGGAACCGCUAGUACUGCACGUACCAUUGGCUUUACAUCAUUUUAUAUCAUGUCUAACCCGGAAAUCCGGUCGAGGCUGGAGGAUGAGCUCCGGGACGUGAUGGCUGAUUGGCCGCAGCGCGUCCCUUCUUGGGCUGAGCUUGAGAAAUUGCCCUUCCUGCAGGCGCUCAUCAAGGAAUCCCUUCGCCUCAGCUAUGGUGUCAUGCACAGGCUUCCCCGUAUCUCGCCCGAUGUGUCUAUCCAGUACAAGCAAUACAGUAUCCCGCCUGGUGUGCCCGUCGGCAUGUCAGCUUAUUUCAUGCACUCCGAUGCCAAUGCGUUCCCCGAGCCAGACAAGUACAUCCCAGACCGAUGGCUUGGAAAGGUGACUCCUGAGAUGCACAGGAGCUAUGUCCCAUUCACACGAGGGUCCAGAAACUGCCUGGGAAUGAAUCUUGCCAUGUCCGAGAUGAGCCUUAUCCUCGCAGUCCUUUUCCGACCAAACGGCCCCAAGUUCGAGCUUUUCGAAACAGACGAGAGCGACGUCAAGCAAGCCCACGACUUCCUUAUCCCGCUGCCAAAGGUUGAAACGAAGGGAGUCAGAGCUAUCAUUCGCUAG